UGCUAUUGAGAAAUGCGAAUGUGUUCAUUGUUGAAUAGAUCUAAAUAACAAAAAGCAAUGUGAUUGGGUAAACUGUUUAUAAAGCAGUUAAUUAUUAUUUUAUUUGCAUAGUGUACGGUCUGUUUUUUGCGCACUAUGAAACCUCAAAAAUCACCUGAAAAUGAAGAAGUGACGCCGUCCAAGAAAAAACUGAAGCAAGCUCGGCUUCCAUUUAAACUUUUAACUGAAGUAUCACCUAAAACUGAUGUAGUGCAAACAAGAAAGAGAAAACUCUCGGUGCCAGAUCCGCAACCAGUCACAAAAGUUGGUAAAAUAACCAAAGAAAAUGAAAUAUCAAAUGAGUUAGUCGUGAUCAGUGAUGAUGACAGUAAGGAUACUGAAGGAACAAAAGUGGAGAAUAACCCGAAACAUCUCAAUCCAUUCGUCAAAUUAGUAGAUACCGCGUGGAAAAAGAAACUUAAUAAAUCUAAAACGUCUAGAAAAAAGAAAAGUGUAUUAAAUAAUAAUGUUACGGGAGUUUGUAAUGGCAAAAACGACAGUGAAACCGCCAAUGAUUUGGUUCAUAAUGCAAAUAAUACUUCUCAAUCUGAAACAACUGCAGAUGUCGAGAAAAUGGAUGUUGACGAGACAGAAGAUGCAGAUCUUAAUGAAACUACAGAGCCAUCUGAAAAAGUUGAAAAAUCAACAAAAAACCCAAAGUCUGAUGGACUAAAAAAUGAAAAAUUAGAUAGUAGGGAAAAUAAACAAGAUAUAAUAUCAUUGGAGGACUCUAAUGAUCCCACUGAUAUUGAACCCAAAUGUGAUGAUGAUGUGGAAAGUGUAAAAAGUAAUAAUGAUGUAGAAAAAAAUGAAGAAAAUAGUGAUUCAGAGAAUAGUGAGGUUGAAUGUAACACAAAUUCUAAGAAAGAUGGAUCUGACAGUACAGCAAAGGAAAAAAGUCCUGUAACACCAAGAAGAACAGCUCGGAAUAAGGUCAAUAAUAGUAAUAAUAGCCUUAAUACUUCCCAAAUAAGUACAAGUGAUGAUGUUAGUUCUACUCCUAAUACUCCUAAACGUACCACCAGAAGCUCUUCAGUUGUUGCAAGUGAAGGGGAUGUCUCGUUAAAUGAAUCUGCAAACACAAAUCUCACUCCCAAACAGGCACAAAAGAAACUCGAAUCUGCUAAAAAGAAAGAAGAAAGGGAUAGGAAAAGACAGCAGGAAAAAGAGGAAAGAGCUAGAAUAAGGCAAGAAAAAGAGGAACAAAAGAAAAAGGAAAGGGAAGAAAAGGAGGAGGCCAGGAAACGAGAGAAGGAAGAAAAAGAGGAGCAGAAGAGGAAAGAGAGAGAAGAGAAGGAAAAGCAGAAAGAAUUAGAAAAAAAACUGAGAGAAGAAAAGGAGGAACAGAAACGGAAGGAAAAAGAAGAAAAGGAAGAGCUAAGAAAGAAAGAAAAGGAGGCUCGUGAAGAAGAGAAAAGAAAGAAACAAGAGGCUUUAGAACAAGAAAAGCAAGAACAAGAGCAGAAAAAGAAAAAGGCAGCAGAGGCAUUUGUGAGCUUUUUUGUUCCGAAACAAAAAUCGGAAAAAGAUCAAACCACAAUUGGUUUAAGUAAAAAUGAUAUGUUGUCGAACUUCACUAUUAAGGCGGACAUGAGAUUAGCACCAGCUGUUCGCGUAACUUUAGAGGAUGAGAAAAAACAAGCAUUAGAUAAUUUCCUACAGACUCAAAAUAUAAAAGAUCUGUACAUAAAGAAUAUCAAAAAUGGUGAUAUAAAGCCAUUAAGUAGUGGCAAGACGUGGCCACUCGAUGAGAAAGAUGAUGAUGUUAUGAUUAUUGAAGACGAGUUGCCUCCAAUAGACGGUGCUGGGGAGGUUCUGGAAUGUGACUCGGUUGUAAGAGAAAAGCUAAGGCCCAAGUUGCUGAGUUUCCAUGAAAAUCGACGUCCUCCUUACUGGGGUACCUGGAGAAAGAAAAGUGCACAUAUUAAUCCAAGACAACCUUUUAAAAUGGAUGAGAAGCAACUGGACUACGAAGUAGACAGUGACGAAGAAUGGGAGGAGGAGGAGGGUGAAAGUAUAGAUGGUAGCGCUGCGGGCAGCGACAAUGAGGAGGGGCCUGAUGAAUAUGAAGUGGACAAUGAGGUGUUUGUGCCGCAUGGGUACUUGAGUGAUGAGGAAGCAACUAUGGACGACGACGACGUAUUGUCUCUCUCACCUGAAACACAAAAAGCAAGACUGAAAAAUUUAGAAGAUGAAUUCGAGUCGGAACUGAAAAAACCGACAGAAAAAUUAAAACCUAGACUCUAUGGUCUGUUGUGGGAAACGGCUGAUGGCGGGAAACCAGAAAAGUGUGUUGAUGCUCUAUGGAAUUACUUUAGCAAAAUGGCUAUGAUUAUGAACGAUCCAACUCCUUUCUUGCAACCGUCGACAGAAACUGAAGGUACAGAGAAGAAAAAAGUUAAAAAGAAAAAAGUGCCUACAGAUACUGAACAAAAGAGUCCAAGCGCUGACAAAAAGAAAAAACCGAAAGCCGAAUCUAAAGAAAACAAAACUAAAAAUGAGAAACAAGAAAAGAACCAACUGGGUAUUAACGCAUUUUUGACUAAAUUAAAGACUUCGUAAAUUACAACUCCAUUGUUAGAUCAAAUAUUUUAUUUUUAUGUUUAAUUUAAGGUUUGAUACUAUACUAUAUAUGUGCAUAUGUGCCUUAUUUAUCUUUCUCCUAAAGUGUUGUGAAUCUUUUUCAUGAAGAUUUAACUUAUUAGCUGUAUAAAAAUGAUUAAAUAUGUUGAUGAUUAUAAUUAAUGGCGUAUCAUCCUAUAUUAAAUACAAUAUUAUUAUUAUAACUGUAGUAGGAUAAUAAGUUUCAUAGGAUUAAGAUUAAGUUAAUAAUAGGAUAGGAAGUCAAAAAAAUGCCGUCAUUUUUAAUAUAGUUUCAUUUAUAAAUGUUGUACAUCCUGAUUAAAUUGACAUUU